UUCUAAAUUAUAGAAAACAUGCUUGUUUUAAAUAAAUAUUAUUGAUUUUCUAUAAAAUAUUUUCUUGGCACUAUUCAAAGAAAUAUUUAUUUGAAUCUAGUUUUUUUUUUUUCAGUGUAGAUAUUAGAGUGAAAAAGAGACACAGAAAAAAAAUAAAUAUUUUAUAAUAGAUAUAUAAAUAUUAUAAAUAUAUAUAGAUGUAAUACAUAUUUAAAUAAAACUUCUAAAACUGCAAUUUUUAAUCUCUAAAACUACAUUGCAGGUAAUUACAACGUGUGCGGAUAACGUUUUAUUAUCGAGCUUGAAUUAUAGAAACUGUUAAGAAAGGUUUGUCCAAUUAUCUAGAGACCAAACAAAUGAUUUUUCCACGCUUUUCCUUUCUGAGCGAUAAUGAACUUCUGUAGAUAAUUGUUUACUCUAAGGAUAUUCAAGCGGUAUACACACACAACCGCAUCUAAUGAAAUGUUUAGAAAACAUAAGAGAAUUGAAAUUUGAGAAUCCAGAUCUCAGGAUAACUAAAAUAUAUUCUACUGAGUACGAAGAGGUCGUGUUGCGACCGAUGAUUUAUCCCGAGGGAAAUGUGGAGAAUUGGCUGGGACAAGUCGAGGAUGCGAUGCGCAAUACCCUACGUGAGAUCAUCGAUAUGAAUAUUUAGGUAAUAAUGGAAGAUUGGUAAUUACACCGUUGACUGAACGCUACUACCUUACUCUUAUCAAUGCAUUGCAUUUAAAAUUCGGCGGUGCACCAGCUGGUCCAGCAGGCACUGUAAAGGACCUCGCAAAAGCAUUUGCAAUUCAAUGCGUGGUUUUCAAUUGUUCCGAUCAACUGAAUUUUCGAUCUAUGGGCAAAUUUUUUAAAGGUCUUGCCAGGUAAAUUAUU